AUGAGAGAACUUGUUGCUCGAUUUUUAAUACCCCAAAACCUCGAGACUCAGACCAUAUGCAAUAUUGAUGAUGAUAUUUUCGUUAAUUUUACAGCUUUAGACACUGCUUUUGAAGAAUUUAAACGUAGAGGCUUUCCAUUGUCAGUUUUCGGAAAUUACGCAACUCUUUGGAGAAAAGGAAAGUAUAGCUGGAAGAGAGGCCGUGAUUUCAACAUUGUUCUUACUGGACUUUCCUUUAUAAACGUAGAUUUGUUUGAAAUCUAUCAUUCAUAUAAAUAUAAAAGCGUAAUAGACUAUUCGGCUGAGAAAAACAAUUGUGAAGACUUCAUCAUGAACUACGUAGCGUAUGACGCUUUCGGGAAUCGCCCUAUCUAUUAUAAUAUAAAGCACCACCUUCAAAAUACAAUUGGGCUGUCAAGAAGGCCUUCAAACAGCAAAGCAAGAGUAGAAUGCUUGAAGUUCCUCGAUAAAUCUUUCGAUUUCGUUGAAAUCACCAGAAAUACUUCAGUUCCAAUUCAAAAAUAA